CCCUGCCUGACGCACCGACAUGGGGGUGUCGAAUGGUUGGGCUGGGCUUCGCAUCGAGACAGAAGCGCGCGCCGGCAAGGCCAUCGACGGGGUGGGUGGGAUGGGACGCAUGGGUCACAUCCGUUCGAGUUUUGGAAAGGCCUUUGGGAGUGGAGCCUUUGAGGUCUUGGGGAGCAUGGUCAACACGAAGAAGGAAAGAGUUGCACUGUCGCUUCCCCAGGGGUGGGAAAAUGACAUAACCCCACCCUUACAGAAAAGGAAGGCGCGAUACAAUGUGCCACAGGGGGGUAGGGGCAGCAGCCACCUCCGAUAG